CACUCAGCUGUAGGCACUAGAGAGCUCCCCUCGGUACCCCAAGAUCUCUGGUGCUCAGCCCUCUGGUCUCCUUACUUAUCUCUUCCUUGGUCCUGAGGCCCAAAGGCAGACAUGACCCACUGGCUGCUUGUGCUCAUGGCUGCCCUCCCAGUCUUGGGGCAGGAAGCCCCCAACCCGGAGAAUAUGCUGCCUGGCUGCCCAGACAUUGUGCAGAGGUCUGAGUGGAUGGGCCUGCCCUCAAAGUGCCCGAAGAAGUCCCUGAAUCUGCCUGUGGAAUACGUGGUGAUCUCUCACACAGCCGGCAGUCCCUGCUUUUCACCGGCUGAAUGCGAGCAACAAAUGAGAAACAUCCAGGCCUACCACAUGAAUACGCUGGGCUGGUGCGACAUCGCAUACAACUUCCUGAUUGGGGAGGAUGGGCUCAUCUACGAAGGGCGAGGAUGGUCCAUCAUAGGAGCCCACACGGGCCCUACCUGGAACCCCAUCUCCCUGGGGAUCAGCUUCAUGGGCAACUUCAUGGAGCGAGGGCCUGCUCCCCGAGCCAUCCGGGCAGCGCAGAGCCUCAUCAACUGCGGCAAGCUUCACGGAGUCCUCACGCCUCAGUACAUGAUCAAGGGACACCGGGAUAUACAGCGCACUCUCUCCCCCGGGGCCAAGCUCUACUCCAAUCUGCAGAGCUGGCCCCAUUAUCAUGAGUGAGCAGCCCACUGCCCCACCGGGCCCCACCCCCACCCCC